CCUGAUUUCUCGGUUCAAACAAAUGCGGCUUUUGGUACCUUUCACCAGGCAUGCUCACAUAUAGUGAAUUUGAAGGACUAGACAGAAGUGUGUAUUUAGUUAGGGGAAGUUAAAAUGACAUGCUCUGUGUCGUUCUGGCGGAAGGGAGUAAAAAGGAAAGAUAGGAUUUGAAAUAAUUGAUUAUUGAAGAUACAAGUGAGAAGACUUUGCUUGCUUUUUACUAAUGUGGUUUUGACAUUGAAAGAAAUGUAGUUUUCAAAGAAGCAGGUUUUCUUUCGUGUAUACUUAAUGUCUCUUUUUCUGUUCACAGCUUGCCUCGCCUACACACCUGAUGAAAAACUGGGUUUUGAAGCUGCAGUAACAGCUUUAGGCAUGAAAGCCAAUAUUGCCGAAGCUGAUCAUCCCUUGUUGUGUGAGAGCACCCGCAGGCAGAGAGGAGAGCUGGCCAUUGCCAUGCUGGUACACUACAAGGAUGAUCAAGUCAAGUUGAGUAAGAUCAUGGAGAAGCUGCUUGACAAGGAGGUGCACCAACAGUACAAAGCUCCCAGCCUGUUGACCUACCUGUCUGGUCACAAGCAGCCAUGCUCCAGCCACGGCGCAGCUGUGUCGCAGUCUGGCAGCCAGCGGAGUAGUGAGUCUGGCAGCUCAUCUGGGUACCGCAGUCAGGGCGGUGGUCGGGCUGACCUAUACUAUAAUCUGGUGGUGCGGGAGAGGAAUGGUGCAGCUGGGACGCGUUCUGAAAGCCGUACGGAGCGGGGACUGUGGAGGGAGGACAGGCCUGACUCUGGCACCAGCACCGACAACACUGCCACUCCAGUGGGUGCGUCUGCUUCUUCCACGCCAAAUGGAGGGGCCAGGCCCAAGACCAAUUUCUCUCUCAGAUAUAACAGGUAAGAGUAUUAUGAUGUAUGA